UUAUCGUCCUCUCGCCGGAACGCCGAACGGUGACGGCUGGUAGCUAUCGAAUGAAGUCAGCGACGGGCAAACGGGGCGAAUAAUGUUAUUUUUCUUGUGGUAGAAAAAAAUAUUUAAACGAUGCAGUCGCGGAUUCUAUUUAAAGGCACAGCGGCGGCUGCUGCUACGAGGAGAAUCCGCAACAUUUUAGGACCUGUCAUGGGGAGAGGGGCUUGGUUGUGUAAAACCCAUGAUGAGGUCAAGCUUCUUAACACGUCGUCAGGUGGCACUGUGAAAAUCGGGGAAAUUUCCUUCCAGCUAAAACCUCCCAGAAACCCGGAGCUCGUACCAGUCAACCACAUGAUGGACACAAUGCCGCAGACUGUGGCCCAACACCUGCGCUGGAUCAUGCAGAAAGACCUCCUGGGUCAGGAUGUUUUCUUGAUUGGGCCCCCAGGUCCUCUUCGGCGCUCCAUCGCCAUGCAGUACCUGGAGCUGACCAAGAGGGAGGUGGAGUAUGUAGCUCUCUCCCGGGACACCACAGAGACAGACCUGAAACAGCGUCGGGAGAUUCGGGCUGGAACUGCCUUCUAUGUUGACCAGUGUGCAGUGCGAGCUGCCACGCAGGGUCGGAUUCUGAUCCUGGAGGGGCUGGAAAAGGCAGAGCGCAAUGUCCUACCGGUGCUGAACAACCUGCUGGAGAACAGGGAGAUGCAGCUGGAGGACGGGCGCUUCCUCAUGGCAGCUCAGCGCUACGACAAGCUGUUGGAGGAACACACUAAAGAGGAACUAGAUGCCUGGAAGAUCGUCCGUGUGAGCGAGGACUUUCGCGUCAUUGCACUGGGGCUUCCUGUUCCGCGGUACACAGGGAACCCCCUCGACCCUCCGCUGCGCUCUCGUUUUCAGGCCAGAGACAUCUACUACCUUCCAUUCAAGGAUCAGCUGGAAAUUCUCUACAAUGCUGGGCCAGCAGUGUCAGUGGAGAGAGUGUCCCAGCUCCUCUCCUUUGCUACAACCCUCUGCUCACAGGAGUCUACCAAUCUGGGUCUGCCUGACUUCCCAGUGGACAACCUGACCUCGGCAGUCAGAAUCCUGGACCUCUUUCCCAUGAUGUCCACACAACAGCUGGUUCAACGGUUGUACCCCUACGAGGCCAUGCUGGGCAAGGAGGGCCGAGCUGCGGUGGAUGGAGUUCUGAGACGGUUUGAGCUGCUUGAUGCGGCACAGUGUCCCCCUCCCAACGAAGUGGUGAGCGUGGAACCCCUCAGUGGGCCGCAGGAAGGAAGAGCAACCAUCACACUGCGCAUCUUGGACAGACAUGUAUCCUUCCAGGUUCUGGCAGGAAGACGGCCCCCUCGUGCCCCCUCCUACAGUCCUGGGUUCGUGAGCACCCCCACCCAUGCCCGUCUUCUGGCUGAAAUGAUGCAGUCCCACUUGGUGAAAGACAUGUGUUUGAUCGGCGCCAAGGGUUGUGGCAAGUCUGUAAUUGCCAAAGAGUUUGCCAAUUUACUGGGGUACAACAUCGAGCCCAUAAUGCUGUACCAGGACAUGACGGCCCGAGACCUGCUCCAGCAGAGGUACACCCUGCCCAAUGGGGACACAGCUUGGAGGGCGUCCCCGCUGGUUAGCGCCGCACAGGAGGGCAAGCUGGUCCUACUGGAUGGCGUACACAGGGUCAACCUGGGUACCCUGGCUGUGCUCUCCAGGUUGAUCCAUGACCGAGAACUGGCUCUGUACGACGGGACUCGGCUGCUGAGGUCGGACCGGUACCAGACCCUAAAGGAGGAGCUGCAGCUCUCCGAUGAGGAGAUGCAGCAAAGGUCCAUCUUCCCCAUCCAUCCAGCCUUCCGCAUCAUUGCCCUAGCCGAGCCCCCUGUGGUCGGGAGCAGCUCCCAGCAGUGGCUGAGCCCUGAGAUCAUCACCAUGUUCCUGUUCCACACCAUGAAACCCCUGGACGUGGCUGAGGAGACCACCAUUAUCCAGGCCAUGGCACCAAACACUCCAGCAGAAGCCGUCCAACAGUUGCUGCACUUAACACACAGCCUGAGAAAAACCAGCGACCCCACAGUGCAGUCCCUGGCCUCUUCUCUGUCCACCAGACAGCUCCUGAGGAUCUGCCGCCGUCUGUCCCGCCACCCCGAGGAGAAGGUCGCCCACGCCGUGCACAAAGCCUGUCUGUCUAGGUUUCUGCCCAGCCUCGCUCGGUCUGCCUUGCAGAAGAGUCUGUCCACCUGUGGCAUUGAAGAUGAGCAAGACCCCAGGGCUCAGCAAGGGGUGGACCUCAGCUGCCAAAUCAAAGAUGGGGUCCUGACUCUUGGACAAGUCUCUGUCCCUGUCUACAGCCCAGAUGAGAAAAUGAAGGUCCCUGAUGUCCUCUUCUAUGACAAUGCUCAGCACAUGAUAGUUAUGGAGGACAUGCUAAAGGACUUCCUUCUCGGGGAGCACCUGCUGCUAGUGGGAAACCAGGGUGUUGGAAAGAAUAAGAUUGUAGAUAGAUUCCUGCACCUGAUGAAUAGACCAAGAGAAUAUCUGCAGCUUCACAGGGACACGACAGUACAGACCCUGACCCUGCAGCCUUCUGUGCGGAAUGGGAUCAUUGUCUAUGAGGACUCACCUCUGGUGAAAGCUGUGAAGAUGGGCUACAUUCUGGUAAUUGAUGAGGCGGACAAGGCACCCACCAAUGUCACCUGCAUCCUUAAGACUCUGGUGGAGAGUGGAGAGAUGAUUUUAGCAGAUGGGAGGAGAAUAGUUUCAAACCCCAAGGAUGCAGAGGGAAGACCCAACAUCAUUGUCAUGCAUCCAGACUUCAGGAUGCUGGUGUUGGCCAACCGACCUGGGUUUCCCUUCCUGGGAAAUGAUUUCUUUGGUGCUUUAGGAGACAUCUUCAGUUGCCACGCUGUGGACAACCCCAAGCCACAGGCAGAGUUUGCCAUGCUGAAACAGUAUGGACCUGACGUGCCAGAUGCGGUUCUACAGAAGCUGGUGGCUGCCUUUGGGGAGCUGAGGGCCAUGGCAGACCAGGGUACCAUCACCUACCCGUACUCCACGAGGGAGGUGGUCAACAUUGUCAAACAUCUACAGAAAUUUCCAGAGGAGGGACUGGCCAAUGUAGUGCGAAACGUGUUUGACUUCGACACGUACAACAAGGAGAUGCGGGAGAUCCUGAUCACCACCCUGCACAAGCAUGGCAUUCCCAUCGGGGCCAAGCCUAGCAGCGUCAACCUGGCAAAGGAGUUACCGCUACCAGAGUGUAGGAUGACUGGGUACUGGACCACCAACCAGGGUGGUAAUGCCAGGCGCAAGUUUCUGUGUCCUACAGAGUCAAACCCGAUAGAUGUCAAGGGUCCUGUGUACUUGCGGGUGCAGGGCUAUCCCUUGGAAAGACAUGAAGCUCGAGCCCUGAGUUUCACCGAGCAGCAGACCCAUUGGCAGAUUCCCAUCAGCGAGGUGAACAUCAUCUGUGAUGUCACCACAGCCAACGAUGCCAUAUACGUGGCCACGUGCAACCCAGUGUCCCUGUUUGCCAUAAAGGGGCGUUCUGCCACUGCCCAUUGCAUAGACCUGUAUGAUGUCUUCCCUCGAUCCAUCAGCGGUAUUGGGCAACCCUUAGUUACCCUGGCAGCACUCGGCAACCCCCUGGAUGGCCAUGUGGUCCUGCAUGAGGAGCAGAGUAACACAGUUCUGUAUCUGGACCUGGAGACUGGGGCGGUGCGGCGCCUCCUGCUGUCACAGGAGAACGAUGAUCCGCCCAGGGCUUCCUCAGGCUGGUGGACGAGCAAGCAGAAUCAGUCAUUUAAAAUGUGCCGGGAAUUUGCCCACAAGAACUGGCUCCUCUUCUACAAGGAGGAUGGGAAUCAGCUGGACGUGUUGGACGUCCUGGAAGGGAAGGUCCACACUAUCUCCCUGCCCAUCAACCUGAAGCAGGUCUUCCUGGUGGCGGAGGAUCGAUGGCUGCUCAUUGAGAGCAAGACAGAGAGGAAGUUCCUGUUGACGAAGCCCAUGCAUAUGGGAGCAGAGGAUUCUGGGGUUUGUCAGCUGCACACUAUCAGCGAAGAUCCUGUGAGCACCGGCUUUGGGAUGACCUCCGGGAUGGAAGUGAGUGCUCCACAUGACAUAUCCAGUGACCAGCUCUCGUCAGAGAACCUGAGCACUGCUCUGGGACAGAAGAUAGUCUCCCCAAAUCGUGUCCUGGCCGACGCCAGCUCCUUCGCCACCCUGAUCGUGGGCUUCCCUGACCUCCUGUCACCCAACGAGGUUUACAGCUUCAGGAGAAAGACGUCUCUCGGUGCAGUGAAGGGUACGGAUGUCUUCUUUGGCGGAGCUCGCCAUGCUGGGCCUGCCAAACGGUCCAACUGCGUGACCCUCCUCGGAGCCAACCAGGUAGUCCGUGCCAUACCCACUUUGGACGUUCCCCUGGCUGACAUCUACCCAAAAGAUGUCACUCCGCCGAUGACGGCAGCCUAUUUGGAAGUAACUGAUCUUAAUGCCAAGAAGGUGAAAUACAUUCCUGUUCCAAGGUCCCAGUCACUGUCCCCAUACACAGCAUGGAUGUCAAAGGUGUCCAACACGUAUGUGGUUCUGGCACCCAUGGGCAGCGGGGGCAUUGUCACAGUAGACAUGGGUGGCUGUGUACGCAUCUGGGAGACCGGGCUAGACAACCUGCAGCGCUCUCUGCUGGAGUGGAAGAGCAUGAUUGGUGCAGAGGAUGGCAGACCAGUGCAGAUCACGGUAGAGAGGGACAGCGGCCUGGACGUCAGCUCCCCAAGGCAUGGAAAGGUGGACCCCAAGAAUGCCCCCCAUGUAGGAGGAAACCAGUGGGCAGGAGGCACAGGGGGCAGAGACACAGCGGGUCUCGGGGGGAUGGGUGGUCCAUAUCGCCUGGAUGCGGGGCACAACGUUUACCAGGUGUCCCAGAUGGAGAAGGACGCCGUUCCGGAGGAAGUCAAGAAAGCAGCACGGGAGAUGGCUGAGAAGGCCUUUAAACAGAGGCUGAAGGAGAUCCAGAUGAGCGAGUAUGACGCGGCCACGUACGAGCGGUUCUCUGGGGCGGUCCGGCGGCAGGUCCAGUCCCUUCGGGUUAUCCUGGACAGCCUGCAGGCCAAGGGGAAGGAGAGACAGUGGCUGAAGAACCAAGCCUUAGGGGAGCUGGACGAUGCCAAGAUCAUUGAUGGCCUCACAGGGGAGAAGUCCAUCUACAAGCGCCGCGGGGAGCUUGAACCAGAGCUUGGCAGCCCCCAGCAGAAGCCCAAGCGCUUGCGACUGUUGGUGGACGUGUCGGGAAGCAUGUACCGCUUUAACGGGGUGGACGGGCGUCUAGAGCGCUCCAUGGAGGCUGUUUGCAUGGUGAUGGAGGCCCUGGAAAACUACGAGCACAAGUUCAAGUACGACAUCGUUGGCCACUCUGGCGACGGCUUCGACAUCGAACUCGUCAAAAGCAGCAAGAUCCCCAAGAACGACAAGGAGAGGCUUAAGGUUCUGAAGACCAUGCACGCCCACUCCCAGUUCUGCAUGAGCGGAGACUACACCCUGGAGGGCACCGAGCACGCCAUCAAGGAGGUGUCCCACGAAGAGGCCGACGAGCACUUCGUCAUCGUGCUGAGCGACGCCAACCUUGAGCGCUACGGCAUCCGUCCCGACCGUUUUGCCCAGGUGCUCACUUCCAACUCGCAAGUCAACGCCUUCGCCAUCUUCAUCGGAUCGCUGGGCGACCAGGCCAACAGGCUCCAGAAGACCUUGCCCGCGGGACGGUCGUUCGUCGCCAUGGAUACAAGGCAGAUCCCUCAAAUUCUGCAGCAGAUAUUCACCUCCACCAUGCUGUCAAGUGCCUGACGAGGCUCCGCCUCCAUCCUACCAUCCCUUGUACCUGACAUGGGUUCCUGGCCAUGCCCACUGAGAGCCACCUGCCACAGCAAUUGGGUCUUUGACAGUUCAAAAUUAUAUGCAUGAUAUUCAUUGUUUAUCUGGAGUGAGCUUUUCCAUUCAUUCUUUUCGUUGACUUAGAAUAUUAGGAUACUAUGAUUUACCCAUUUAUAUGACUGGAUCAUUUUUACUGGAGCAAUGAAAGGUCAGUAUCUUGCUAAAGGGCAAUACAACACUAGGUGGCAUUCAAACCUGCAACCUUCAGAUUUGAAGAUAGCGGCACUAUGUUACCCGCUGCCCCCCCCAGUCCAAAGUAAGAAGAAAUCUGUCUCUGGCCAAAGGGAAAUCCUUAGUUUUGUGUAAACAGUGCUGACGUCUGUAUAUCAGAGUUUCCCUGUAGUGCUACAGGUUUACUGCGGUAUGGUGGUGUAGUCCUAGUUACUACUGCAUUAGUCACAGUACUCAUCCCACUCCAGCAGCAGCGUUCCACGUCCAGGAUCCGAGAUCAUCCCCUCGUACGACUAAUUGUCAGCACUUCGUAAAAUACGUCUUGCACACAAUAUGGCUAUAAUUUGCCCGCUCUAAUUGUUAUGAUUUCAAAGCAACGAUUUUCUUGCUGUAUUAUACACUGUAUGUAAAGGCUCAUGUUUUGUAGCCGUGUGAUUAUGCUGCAGCAGUGAUUACACUAAAGCAUCACAGCGUGCUUUAAGACGACAUGGUCAUCAUUGCUGUGGAAGAAGCGUCAUCCGUUUGUCACGUCUGAUAUAUCAUCUCACGUCACUUAGUUUUUUUCCACAGCGCCCUUAACAUAUGGCCCUGGCCUUGAAUUAGUGCACUUGCUAACGCGGUGGGCGGUGGGCGGGGGGGGGGCAUCCGCGCAAUUUCCCCACAUCGUCCACACCUCGUGAUGCAGGAAUGCACGCGCCUCGUCUCCCAGCGUGUGGAACGCAGACUCGGACUGCUGCCUGUCAGCAGAAGCGGGACUGGCACAUACCCCCCCACCGCACCCCACCCCGCCUCCUGUUGGCAGAGCGCACUCAUAAAUCUCUCCCCAUGUCAGGGGAAACAGGAGCCAAGGGGAAACUGUUCCCAAGUGCUAUUUGACUCCAUGUCGCUUGCGCCUUCUCGCCAAUGUGUCAUCGGUGGCGCUUUGUCAACUAACAACCACGAGUGAAAACGUUGCCGUUUCUGUUUGACUUCCUCUUCGCUGCCCUUUGGGGUUUUUCGUCCACUUUCGCUCCUCAUUGGGCCCAUUGAGGCCACUGAGUUAAGAACAAUGCUACUCUGGAAGGGUCGAUGGCUCGGCGGCGCUCUUUCUUCCGAAUUGUGUUUAAUUCGGCACUUGGAGCCAGGCGACAGGAUGCUGUUUUUCCAUAAUUGCAUGUUUUUCCUCUUCGUUUUGGACAUGAGGAGCGGUGAGUGAGUUUGAACGCGCUCCUCCACCCCUUGCUCUCUCUUGCAGUGGAGACUGGCAGCGUGAUGUGCGCCUGGGACAGGAGCCCGACGCUCUCGCGUUUGUCCGCUGUCGGGGUGUUGACCUCUCUGUGACAGCCGUGCAGGUGGGCGGGCGACUCUUGUCUUGAUGCCAUCGCGCAUCCAGGGCUCUGGUUUCACACCCCCAACCCCCCUCCCCACUGCUGAAGUUGCUGGGCAGGGGUGCGGCCGGCGGGUGCGCUUUACGGGUACUUGCCAAACUGAGCAGAAGCUAAAAAAAAAAUCAGCAGUUGAUGGCAGGAGUACAAGGGAAAACACAUUGAACCUGUGUGUGUGUGUGUGUGUGUGUGUGUGCGCGCCUCAUGGCAGUUACAUCAUCCUGCUUCUUUCAAGGCAAAUGCUGAUCUUGGUUUUAAUUUUACUGUUUGUUUCACAAUUUCUGAGUACAUCUGUGCUCAUAGGGCUCAUCAUUGUAAUAUUCUGUAAUUAUGAUGUAAUGAAUUCACUGAAUGACAUCAGUUGUCGGUUUGAAAUGUUUAGCUUUAAAAACAUAAUUAAAAUCUAAUUUUCUUUUGCAGUGUUUUAGUAUAAUUGUUCCAUUAUUAAUAUAAAGGGCAAUAUGUGUUUUCUUCUGGAAUAAUGUAUAAAUAAAUUUUAAUGAGAGGUUGUUUCGUUAUGUACGUGAUAUGAGAAAAAUUGU